CAUGCCUCCAGAAGAGCGCUUGUUGGCAGUGGCAUGACCAACCCCAUCUCCACGUGUUCCAGGAGAGCACGGGGUCAUGCGAAUUUUAGAUUCUUAACGUGUAGCCAUCUCACCGGGCGGCUAUCACUGAUUUGAAAGUAGCGCCGCUAUAACACACCCCGCAUCAACAAUAAGCAAUGAACCAAUCCUCUCUCUUACGCGAGUACUGUGCUCGGGCAUCGGCAUCCGAAUAUAGUAUCGAUCUCAGCGGUCAAAUUAUCCGCGACUGGAGAAGCGGGCCCCUGCGUGGCAGUACUGCCAUCGUGUACCGAGGUACUUUGAUUUCAAACGGUACCGAAGUGGCAAUCAAAACCUUCCACACUGCAAUGUCGGGGACUGAGGCUGAGUUGAAGCGUCUGUUUCGAGAGGUACAUACAUGGUCGAAACUGCAUCACGAGAACAUCGUUCCCUUGUUCGGGAUCUCCACAGAAUUUGACUCCACAAUUUCGAUAAUAUCUGAGUGGAUGCCGAUGGGGGACGCACACACAUAUGUCCAAGACACAGCAAAUGAUCCACGGCCGCUGCUUCAAGACAUCGCAAACGGACUGUACUAUCUUCAUAGUCAUGAGUUAGGUCCAGUAGUCCACGGAGAUCUGAAGGGUCCAAAUGUGCUGGUGUCCAGUGAUCGCCGGGCACUAUUGGGCGACUUCGGUCUUUCCACCUUAAGUAUAUCCAGCUUCAACAUGACCACUGAGGACAUCCGCGGAGGCUCGUUUCCUUGGAUGGCCCCAGAGCUCCUAAAUGAUGGAUGUACGUCAAGUGCAGCUGAUGUAUGGGCAUUUGGAAUGACGGCUCUGGAAUUGUUUACACGAUCACGACCUUUUCAUGAUUGUUUCAACAUGGCCAGUGUGGUGUAUAGGAUAUCAUGGGGGCCAUUGCCACAUCGCCCCCCUGCGGGCUUGACAGAAUUUCGCAUGACGGAUCCAUGGUGGGAUAUAUGCACUUCAUGCUGGAGAAUGGAUCCUUCAUUGCGCCCUACGAUAGAGGCCAUCGUGGAGAAGGUUCGGAGAGCUGUGCACGCGUUUGGCCCUGCCACAUCUAGACCUUCUGUCCAUGCGUAUCCCCUCACCGUAAAUACUGUGUCGCGUUUGUCCUCUGCUGGUGGCGGUCCACGAACAACUCCAAUCACGGUCGAUGAUUGUUUGCUUCCAUGUACAACACUUAAGGGGCAUGCUGACAAGAUUUUGUCAAUGGCCUUCUCACCUGAUGGCAGGCGUAUUAUAUCAGGCUCUGCUAACCGUUUGGUUUGCCAGUGGGAUGUGCACAGUCGAACACAAGUUGGUUCUCUCUUUACAGGCCACCUGGACUGGGUUCGAUCAGUUGCAUUCUCGCCGAAUGGAGAGUUGAUUGCGUCAGGUUCUUAUGACAGCACUAUUCGCCUGUGGAACGCGCGGACGGGUGUGCAGAGCGGCCCACCUCUGCAAGGGCACGCUGGGAGGGUGUUCUCGGUCGUGUUUUCUCCGAACGGCAGUGGAGUAGUCUCGGGUUCUGCUGACCAAACCAUCUGUCUGUGGGAUGUCCAAACCAGAGCUAAAGUCCGCGCACUCAUAGGGCAUACUGACAAAAUACAGUCGGUUGCAGUUUCUCGUGAUUGCACAAUUGCAUCUGGUUCCUAUGACAAGACCCUUCGUUUAUGGGAUUUGCGCGCCGGAGUACAGGUGGGGCGCCCUUUCGAAGGGCACACUGGUAUGGUUUGGUCAGUUGCCUUUUCCCCGGAUGGGAGGAAAGUCGCGUCGAGUUCUGAGGAUAAGAGUCUCUGUAUAUGGGAUGUGCGCAACAGCUCUCAAGUUGACCAUCAUCUCGAAGGGCACGGUGAUGAAGUCACCUCGGUCGCGUUCUCUCCGUGUGGAGCGCAGUUAGUAUCGGGUUCUAUGGACGCCAACGCCUUUCUCUGGGAUGCGCACAACGGUGACCGUCUUGGCGCACCUCUAAAAGGAAAUGCUGGCUGGGUUCGUUGUGUUACAUUUUCACCUGAUGGCAGGCAGAUUGUAUCAGGAACUGAAGGUGGAUGUAUCUGCCUAUGGAAUGCAAGGAUACACUAGGUGG